AUUGCAUAAAACAACAGCAUUUUGCUCGGACAGUUGAAACAGAACUAUCUUGUUUCUUUGGUCGUCUUUAGCUUUUCUAAUCAACCAAGAUGGCGGCGUUGGUGGGACUGCGUGCAUGUUUCUCUGCACUUCAGCUUACUUCGCCAAGCCUUCUGCACAGCACUUACAGAUUGUGUGCGGUGCCUUUGAGCCGGCGGUCUUUUGCAGCUGAAGCCAAGAAAGUGUACACUCGAGACAAGCCGCAUGUCAACAUUGGAACCAUUGGACACGUUGAUCACGGCAAAACCACUCUGACAGCUGCAAUUACAAAAGUUCUUGCAGAUGCUGGUGGUGCUAACUAUAAAAAGUAUGAGGAUAUUGAUAAUGCCCCAGAGGAGAAAGCCAGAGGAAUCACCAUCAAUGCAUCUCACGUAGAAUACACCACGGCCAACAGACACUAUGCCCACACAGACUGUCCUGGGCAUGCGGAUUAUGUCAAGAACAUGAUCACAGGCACAGCUCAGAUGGACGGCUGUAUUCUGGUGGUGGCGGCGACAGACGGACAGAUGCCGCAGACUCGUGAGCACCUCCUGUUGGCCCGGCAGAUCGGUGUGGAACAUGUGGUGGUGUUCAUAAACAAAGCGGACGCUGUGGAGGACAAGGAAAUGCUGGAGCUGGUGGAGAUCGAGAUCCGAGAGCUGCUCACAGAGUUCGGAUACGACGGAGAGAACACGCCUGUUGUGAUUGGAUCUGCCCUCUGUGCCCUGGAGAACAAGCAACCUGAGCUGGGAGUAAAUGCAAUCAUGAAACUCUUGGAGAUAGUGGACUCCUACGUGCCUCUGCCUAAAAGAAAGCUGGACGAGCCUUUCCUUCUGCCAGUUGAAGGGGUUUACUCUAUUCCAGGAAGGGGGACAGUAGUGUCGGGCACGAUGGAGAAAGGAGUUAUAAAGAAGGGAGAUGAGUGCGAGUUCGUAGGACACAACAAAGUCUUCAAGUCUGUGGUAACAGGUAUCGAAAUGUUCCACAAGUCUCUGGAGAGGGCCGAGGCUGGCGAUAACCUGGGCGCCCUGGUGCGAGGCCUGAAGAGGGAGGACGUGAGGAGGGGGAUGGUCAUGUGUAAACCAGGUUCCAUACUACCACACCGGAAAGUGAAGGCUCAGGUCUAUGUACUGAGUAAAGAAGAGGGUGGAAGACAUAAGCCAUUUGUAACCAACUUUAUGCCUGUUAUGUUCUCUCUGACCUGGGACAUGGCCUGCCGGGUCACUCUGCCUACAGAGAAGGAGAUGGUGAUGCCCGGGGAGGACACACAGCUGACCCUCACUCUGCGACAGCCCAUGGUCCUGGAGAAAGGCCAGAGGUUCACCCUGAGGGACGGUAACAAGACCAUCGGCACAGGCCUGGUCACGGACAUCCUCCAGGCGAGCGAAGAGGACGACGCCAACUGGGGUUGAGACUAGAGACUUGAGGGGGAGGUGAGGGGCUCGGAUGGAUGGAUGGGUGGGAACUGCCCGUGUUUGGUCAAAUGAUGUAAUGCUGCUUUCAAGUGCAGAUGGUAAUUUUUAUGUAUGAAUUAUCAACACGCAGAAGCUCAUGACAAGCCUGUGAAGCCAGUUUUUGUUAUACUUCUUUGAUGAAAGUAAGGAGUGCCGUUGUUGUUAAAGCUACCUGUAAAUACCACAUUAUAAUCUCAUUUACCACCACUAAAUGCUCUCUAUGUUAGUGUGAUUACAUGUGUUUACAACUUCCAGGCACUGUUCGCGGUAGUAAGUCUCACAAAAUCUAGGAAAAAUGAGAAAAUGCGUUCUGUUAUGUUCGGCUAAUCAACAAUUACAAACAUACUUCAGUUUUCAUCAUUUCCCCACUGACGCACAACUCUGAGCGCACUGGGUACAUGUAAUUAGAAGAGAUGCGGCGCCAAAUUCAAGAUGAUUCCAAACAGCACAUACGUCACUCUGCAGUCUUCAUUUUACCGCUGAUUACAUUUACUUCAGUGGGUUUUAUCACAGUCGGUUGGUAACUACACCGGAAGUUGUCGUCCCAUGUUUCCAAAUGUCUUUCUCGUUUGUGAGGUAAGCAUGAAUAGAGCCUAUUGUUUAUUGCUAUUGUGCUUUGGAGAGGGGAGCUGCAGGGAUGUAACAAUAACCGAAAUAUUGUGAUGUGAUAUAUUGUCAGAAUUCUCACAAUAACAUCAUAGGCUGUCACAGUAUAUCGACUUAUAAGUUCCUUUGCUUUGUUUUAUAGUAGCAACAGCUUAUAAACAUCGGGAACUACAUAUCCCAUUAUUCAUUUCAGUGUAAACAACAUGAAGAAAUAUGUUUUUUACUUGAAUUCUUGGGAUUAUGAUGGAAAUAAUUCACACCAAAAUCUUAUCAAGGUACUUUAAAAGCAAAAAAAGUGUCCCAUCUACAAUUAUAUCAGCCUCUUCAAAAUAUCGCAAUAAAUAUCGUACCGUGAGAUUUGGAUAUCCUUACAUCCAUAGGGAGCAGGGUUUUUCAUCGCCGUCUACUGGUGAAAGAAAAUCAAAUAAAAUUGCAGAUGGUAGCUUUAAUGGAAGACGUUAGGUUACAAAUUAAUUAAAAAUAUGAAAUACUUUACUAUGUGAGAUCAGACAAUAUAUACCCUACAUUGAAUGACUUUUAAACAUCACACUCUUGAACGCAGCAUCAUGUAAUGAAGCUCCACCAUUGAAGUAAACUAAACUACCACAGAAAUGAUCCGAAAUGCACUUGAAAGCAGCAUAAUAGUGAUAUACUGUAUAAAUGCGUAUACUGCAAGAAUUCAAAGCACUUGGUCUUCAUGAAACAAAUCUAUAAUGACAUUUACAGCUCUGGCUUUCUGUCAAAAUACCACAUCAACUUAGUCAUUUGUGUAAUAAAAUGUAUUUAAUAAUAACAA